CGCCCCCAAGGUAGCAAGUUACUGCUGUGUAACAAACUGGACUGAGUGGGACAUUUUACAUAUCAAGAUUUGGGGUCCCCGGCCACCGCACCCUUUUCCCCACAAUGGCCUCAUCAUCGGUUGGGGAGAAUCAGCUGCAGAGGAUAAUCAGAGACCUGCGUGAUUCUGUGUUGGAGUUGAGUAAAGAGCACAAGGAGUGUGGUGAACCAAUUACAGAUGACAGCUCCAACCUGCACAAGUUCUCCUAUAAGCUAGAGUACCUGCUACAGUUUGACCAGAAAGAGAAGACAACCUUUCUUGGCCAAAGGAAGGACUACUGGGAUUACUUCUGUGACUGCUUGGCUAAGAUCAAGGGAGCUAAUGAUGGCAUCCGUUUUGUUAAGUCCAUCCCUGAGUUGAAGACAUCACUUGGGAAAGGAAGGGCCUUCAUCCGCUACUCGCUGGUGCACCAACGCCUGGCCGACACACUGCAGCAGUGUCUCAUAAAUCAGAAGGUCACAAGUGACUGGUACUACGCUCGCAGUCCCUUCCUCAAGUCUCACCUUACUGCUGACAUUAUCAACCACCUCUAUGAGCUCAACCAGAUCCAAUUUGAUGUGGCGGCUAGAGGCCAUGACCUCGAUGCAGAUUGGCCAACGUUUGCAAGGAGAACAUUAGGAGCCAACUCACCAGCUUUUCUGUGGAAGCCUCCUAGUCGCUGCUCCAGCAUCAACAGCCUGGUCAGCAGCUAUUCACACUCACAGGCCCAGGAGUUUCUCCCAAUCCCAGACUUAGGUCACAGCCUCCUCGGUGAACUGGGCGAACUUGCAGAGCCCUCCUCUUGCAGCAUUGCAGAGGAUCUGCGCAUUGAGCUCGACCAGUCAGAGCUGAGGCAGCAGCAGCUUCUGGUACGAGUGCAGGAGUUAGGCAAAGAGGCUGCUGAGCUGAAAGGUGUGGUUAGAGACCUUCAAGGCCAGCUUCUUGCAGCACAGAAAUCUUCUGGCCAUUCUCUGUCCUCUGAGCCAAAGACUAACCUGGAAGCCACCACUCAGGGCAGAGUAAAUCAUCUUCAAACCAGUGGGGAAGAAAUAAACAGCGAACUUCAAGAGAGGCUUACUGCUGCUGAGAACAAAAACAUGGAGCUCCUUUCUAAGUUAGAUGAGGCUCUUAAGGAAAAGGGCCAGCAGACAACUAGUUACUGUGACUCUGCCUGGAAAAUCCAGGACCUCUUGGAUAAACUGAAGGCUGCAGAGGAGGAGAGGCUGGAGGCUAAGCGAGAGGCUGAGGAUAAGGCGAGACAUUCUGAGCGGCUGUGCCAGGAACUCAAACUCCGGGAAGAAGAGUUUAAGAAGAGUGAGGAGAAACUGGCUGAAAUAAAGGCUGGGGCCCGGGAAGAACGGGAGAAGGCAAUCAAACAAUUGGAGGAGCUCCAAGGUGCAGUUGGUCGAAUUCAGGGUGCACUAACUUUGAAAGAGAAGGAGACAGGGAACUUAAGAGCCCAACUACAGGAUCUGCAAGCCUCACUGGAGAACAGAGAAAGGCAGGCAGAGGAACUGAGGAAAAGACUGCAGGAAGAGAGGGAGGAGAUUGAGCAAAGAUCUAGUGCAAGCGGCAGCCAGAGUGAAGUGCUCCAUAGCCAGGUCCUAGAGUUGAAAAAGAAUCUAAAAACCAGAGAGAAAGAGCUAGCUAUUAGUUUAGAGAGAGUCAGACAUCUAGAAGAACAGUUGGAGAAGCUAGAUAUUGAGAAACAAAGUCUGAGCACAAGUCUUGCUGGUAAUGAAACCAUUUCCUGUCAUCAGAAUGAGAAGCUUGAGGACUACAAAUCCCAAUGCACCAGUCUCAUGGAAAUCAAUGCUAAGCUACUCCAAACAGUUAAGAGGAGUGAGGAAAGCACUCGGGAGCUUGCUGAGAGCAGGGCUGCCAUGCUAGACCAGCUAGCUUCUUUGAGGGCCUCUGAAAAACAUUUAAAGAGCAGGGUGGAGGCUACCAAGUUGAAUUUGGAGGACCGGGAGAAGAAACUUUUAGAUGAAAACCUGCAUUUAGAGGAGAUUGUUCAGAAGUGCCUUGCCCAGAAGGAAGCAUCAGAUGGCCAGUUAAAGAGGCUUGAGCAUGAUAACAGGGAGCUUACUGAGGUUCAGGCAUCUUUAAAGAAACAGUUAGCCUCAGCUCAAGAGGAGCUGGACUCACUCACAGCCAAAGCCUCUGAGUUGGACAAGAACCUCACAAGAUCCCAAAGAAACCAAGCUGAGCUGCAGGAAAAACUCCAUGGAGCUGAGGCUAAGCUAAGAGACCAGACCAUUAAAUGUGAAAUUCUGCAAGCUAGGGCAGAUGAGCUGGAAAGUAGGACUGGAGAGCUAGACGAUGAAAAGGGAGCUGCAGAGAGUACUGAGAAGAUGCAGAAACUUCAUCAAACUUCCUCCAUGGAAGCCAAAAACACCCCCUCCAGGCUGGUGAUAGCCGAGGCUCAGCUAGAGCUCAACCUAAGGGAAGUAAGCAGGCUCCAGGGGGAAGUGGUGGAGCUCAGGGCUCAGCUUCUAGCUGGGACUGAGGAGAAAAUGAAAGUUCAGGCCUUGCAGGAGGUAACAGAGGCCUCCAGAGAAGACCUCCGUGUCUUAGCGGAACAGCUCAAAUCCCAGGUAGAGGAGCUAAACCGCCGGCAUGUGGACGAAAUCCUACGCUCCAGGGAGCGAGAGGAGGCUAUUAGCCGUGACCGGGAUGGUGAGGCCCAGGCCCGGGCCAGUCUGGCUUCCGAGGUGAUUGCCUCCAGAGAGGAGAUCAACAAUCUUAAACUGAGGUAUGAAGCCUUGUGUCUGGAGAACAAUGAAUCCAAAGAAGCACUGCAUAGAGCCAACACAGAAACAGCAGAACUUGGGGUGCAUGUGUGCAUGCUAACUGCUGAGAACGAAGAGGCCCGUCUGCGCUGGGAGGGCCUGUCAACAAGGCUACAAGAACUUGAGGAGGAGGCAUCUCAGGAGGCAGAUAGGUUGAAUAACAGCAUUGAACAGCUGCAGCAGGAGAACCAGAAGCUCCUUGAGCAGCUCCAUAAAAAGGAGGGUCUGUUAGCAGCCAUGCAGGAGCUGCAGGAGAAACUGGACAAGGCCCAGCAGGAGGCAAAGGCCCUGCAGGACGCGAGCCAGGAGGAAAUCCAGGUACUCCGUUUCCAGCUCAGCAGCCAAGCUAUGAGCCAUGGCAACCAAGUCCAGAGUGUGAGCCAAGAGCUACAGGACGUGAGGUUACAGCUGGAGUCCGAGCAUGAUAAAGUGGGCAUCCUAGAGAGUAAACUCAAACAGCUACAGACUGAGAAUCAGAGGUACAGCCAACAGAUUGAGGAGAAAAACAUCCAGAUGGCUCAGUCUGAAAGCCUCAUCCAGCAGAAAGAAGAUGAGCUACAUCAGCUGAAAGGAAAUUUAUCAAGAUCUGAGGAAGGCCUAGCACUGGCUGAGCGGACCUGUCAGGAGUUGAAUGAGAAUCUACGGAGAGUCAAGCAGGACAAACAGAGCUUUGAUCUGAAGGCGGCUGCUGAGCUCGAUGACUUGUACCGCACCAAGAUCAAUCUGGAGGAAAGACUUAUAGAACUCAUCAGGGAGAAAGAUGCACUGUGGCAGAAGACAGAUGCCCUGGAGUUUGAGCAGAAGCUUCGGGAUGAGGAGACGGAGAGAGAUGUCAACUACUGUCUGGGCUGCAACAGUCAAUUCAGCUGGUGGCUGCGCAAGUACAACUGCAGGCUGUGUGGGCGUCCCUUCUGUUACUACUGCUGCAGCAACACAGUGAGCACCCAGCAGGGCGGCAACAGGGAGCGCUGCUGCAGAGACUGCUACACCCAGCACUCUGCAGUGCUAGAGCGCCACCCACAGGAGGCUAACAAUAUACAAGACACACCCUUCAGCACUCUGCCCCAGCCAGGCAGAGGCAUGACUGGUGUUGCAGGAGCAGACGACAGUUACAAGCUGGAUGAUGGCGUCUUCGACAUCAUCACAGACGAAGAAGUGAGCGGUGUGUACGACAGUGACUCUCUCUCCUUUGCUACAGCCUGCUCUCCUGGACACGGGCAGCAGGGGGCAGCGCAGCUAAACAGUAGUGCAGGUGACACCGCUUCAGAGGACGCUGAGGACCUCAGUGCUGCAGUACAGGAUGCUGAGAUCUGCCUGCUCAAGGCCGGAGAACUCACGCUGUCUGUCCGCUUCACGGUGGAUGACAUCUCAGGGUUCGGCGACAGCUCCAGGGAGCUCUUCAUCAAGUCUAGCUGUUACAGCACCAUCCCCAUCACCAUCGGCAGUCCUGGUCCCACUGUCACUUGGGUGUUUACCUCUGAACCCAAGAGCAUCUCCUUCAGUGUUGUCUACAGGGAGAACACAGACACUCCGCUGGAACAGGCCAAGGUCUUGAUCCCACUGACCCGUUGUAACUCCCACAAAGAGACAAUCCAGGGAGAACUGAAAGUCAGAAACCCUGGAGAAUACACACUCAUCUUUGACAACUCCUUUUCCAGGUUCAUCUCAAAGAAAGUGCUGUAUCGCCUGAGUGUAGAGAAGCCUGUGGUCUAUGAUGGAAGUGACUGCCUGUGAACGGGAGAGAGAGGAAGAAGAAGGAAAAUGUGAGGUCCUUAUAUCUCUCCUCUCUUUUAUGAUAUCUGCCGCAGCAUCCCUGUGUAAAAAUUGUGCCUCUGUUAGAUACUGACAUGACAAAGCUGUAGGGCUCAUGGACUUUUGCUGGUUUAUAAAUAUAUCAUCUCAGAUGUAUCGCUAUUGUAGCAGAGGGAGGUGUAAAAGUGAGUGAGUUUUUGUACUAUCAUUCAUGGUGUUCAGGCUCAUGCACAUGUUGAAGCGAAUGGGUCAGUGUCUGCUGGUGUACAGCAAGCUAAAUGAAAGGUUAUGGCAUUUUGAAACAUCUCCCACAGCUAGCUGCUCGCUCAUGAGGUGUGUUACAUCAAAUGAAUUCUGAUCAUGAAGUAGCUGAACAAAGGGUGGAAGGAAAAUGACGUGAAACACUGGUAUAUUAUUGAAUGUGAGCAUGCACUACCUUCUGUAAAAGCUUGAAUAGAAGUUUAAAUGUAGCAUUAAGGGUGUCAGACAUUAAGCUUAUUCUUAAGGUAGAGGUUUGUUACAUAUUUGAAUGUGAAUCUCUUUUUUUUUUUUUUCUUGUCAAACAUAAACAGUGCACAUACAAGUCUGUCAGCACCUGUGUAUGUAGCCUAUUAUAGAUGCCUUUUUACAGCAUGCUUGCUGAAUUACAGUGCAGCUGCAUUUUACUCAGUCUCCAAAAGGGAUUGUUUGGAAAAUUAAGUUUUUUCCCCUUUUCCUGCCUGGUCUCACAAAGCAUGAUGUAAAAAAAAAAAAAAAAAAAAAAAUGGGCAUGGAAAUAACUUGGAUGAAAACUAAAAGUGCAAGAAAUAUGUGGUAACACUUUAUUUGAAGGGGUGUUCACAAGACUGACAUAAUACUGUCAGGUAUCAUGAAGAUGAAUGAAUAUUGACUGAUGUCAUUAAGUGUCUUUCGGUCAGUUAUGUCACUUUGCCUGCAAAGUUGAUGUUGGGUCUUCACCUGGAGUAUUACCAAUGGUGAUUGGAGUUUGACAGUGUAAUGACAGCUUUAUGGUCAUGGAAGGAGCUCAUUACACUGUCACAACAGGUAAUAACACCUUUUUGAUGUCAUUACACCAAAAAGAGUCCAAAUUGUACCAUUAUAGUUUAGGACAAGGGCAUUAUUUACAUUGGUUGCAUAACACAUAAUUUCAAAAUCAGCAGUUAGUCAGCGUAUGAGUACAACACUGAAUCGUGGCCUUGUUUUGGAGUCAUAGUUCGUACAUCAGAGUUGAGCUUCAGUUCCUUUGUGAUUAAGACCAAGUCACCAUUUGUAACACUCUAGUGAAGAACCUACAACCAGAAUCCCCUCCACAUCUACGUGUGUUUUGAUGGUGGGUGACAGUGCUCCAGUUUCUUUUCCAAAACCAGCUGUCAGGUACUACAACACUACCAAACAUCUGUAAGUAUGCCUGCUGUGUCAUGUUUAUGAUAGGUUGUAGUGCCUUGGCUAAUCGUUGUCAUAACCGUAGCAUAACAUAGCAACCAGACAUCUACUUCAUUGGAAGUGACAGAAGAGACCACUUGUGACAUUAGUCAUAACCUUGGCUAAUGUCAAGUAGUCAUGAUAAAGAAGAAUGUCACGCUGUCAUGACAGAGACAUCCCAGGCAAUGUCAGCUUUGCAGGGAAAGUGGCAUAAUUGACCAAAUGACACUUUAUGACAACAGUCAUAAAUAUUAAUUAAUGUGUAUGACAGCUGUCAUGCCACACUCAUGAGAGUCUUGAGAAGACCCCCCUCAAAUAAAUACCAAAUAUGUUUCCCUACCAAGAAAGGAUUACAUGGAGGGGAAAUGACUAGAUGGAUAGUGUAAUUUGAUACUGCUAUAGCAUGGAAGGCCAUGGAGGUCAGAGUGGUGGAUGAGUGUAUACAUUUACUUUCAGCUCUGGCCACUAGGAUUCACAUCCCAACUUAUGGGGAGCUGUAAUAGGUUUUCCCUUCCACCUUAAGUUUCUCUUAUUGAUCUGUGAUCAAAACCUUAUUCUAAUCAUAACUGUAUUCUUUUAGGUGCCCAACCCAAGCCCUAAUAUUAAAGCUAACCUUAACCAAAAUGAAUUUAUUUGAUUAAAUUUGACCACUGUAGUGUUAAUAAUAAUGAUAAUUAUAUUAGCCAGCCUUUUCACUAAGAAACAUGUCUAAUUUGAGCUGUUGCCCAAUAAUCCCUUCUUGGUGGAGGAACUUAAUCUUCAUAAAAUGGGUGUCUACGACAUGUGAACUGUGUUACAGAGUCCAUGCUCAUUUUUAUCAGUUGUUGUGAGACUUGUGUUGCCUACUUAGUUACUGGAGCUGGUUAAGAGUUAGACUUGUUUUGCAAGAAGCUAAUUUGUCCAGACUCUGUAACAUUCAAGAAAGAACUGUCUUCACUGCUAAUGCAGGAGAAAUACAGGAGGGCAGAGGGACUUCUGUGAGGGCCGCCACUGCAUUAUAUGGUUGUAUUUGUGCCCUUCUAACAUAUGCUUUAAUUGAGUGCAGGGCCUCUGAUGAUUGCAGUUUAAAAUAGGCCUCACUUGACAGAUUGUGGCUAUUUGGUCCUACUUCUACCUUUUUUUCUAUGCAUGUGAACACUACGAAUGUUUACAUGGUUCCGCUAUACUUCACCUUCAAAGGGUGAAGAGAGGGAACACAAAACAUGUAAGUUUAAAUGCUUUAAAUAUUUAUAGUUCUAAGUAAAGAAGUUCUGACUUUGAGUUUAACAUCAAUCACUGAUGUUUUGAAAAUGCAUGAAAUGUAAUGAAAUUAUGAGCCACAUUAUCUGUUUGUGUAGGAAAUAACAUGAAGCCUUCAGGUGAAAAACCACAUUGUUUUUGAAAUAUUGAUAACUUCCAACAUAUUUGUAGUUGUAAUCAAAAUCAAUGCAGAUUAUUUAGUGUGUCAAAAUGACAACACAUCUCAGCAUGCAGCCUUCAAAAAAUAAAACUUGAAAAAAACAUCACUGAUAUAAUUCAAAUAGUCUUAUAUGGGCUUUCAUCUGAAGGUUUAAAUUCUGAGAUGUACAUUUUUUUUUCACUCAAGAAACCUGAGUGUCUUAGAGCUGGUAUUUGUGAUGAUACUUACUUGAUUAUACUGAAACUCUAAAGUGAUAUUUCUGUGCUGUCGGUGGCACAGGCCGUGCUUUGCUGCUGAUCAGAGAAUUUAAAAUUCCAAAAUGUCUUCCAACAUUUUUUUUAAGCAUUUGUAAUGAUAUUUUGGACAUAUAACUGACACGAGGAAGAAACAGGAAAACUACAAAUGACAUUUUUUUAACUUAACUAAAGAGUAAUAUAUUGCCAAAAAAUAAUGGGGAAGGUAUUUGUCUAUUUUACUGUUCUAUAAAUGGUGAAUUCUAUUUAAAGGCAUUGCAACAUGACUGCUGUAUACAAUGCACUUUUGAAAGAGCUAUUUUUAAAUCUGUAUCCCAUGAGCCUUUGUACCAGUUGAUGAAUGGUUUUCUUCUUCUUUGUAUCAGUUUGCCACUGAGUGUGAUUGUAGAGGACAGUUUAUUGCUGGAUUUGCCAGAGGGGAACUUUCACUCUCUGGUUUUUCUGUAAGUGAUUGUCUACAUUGUUCCAUAGAAAUAUGAAUUAAAUACUAAAGAUUUGUAAUAGAUUGGAUUUAAUAUUGUGAACAAAUAAAUAAGGAUAGCGUGGUAAA